AUGGAUGGCCGCACACCAGUCUCUAUCGAGGAUUACAUUGCUAUCCAGAACCUGACGAGCGUCGUUUGUGGCAUCUACAUAUGGGAAUGGACCCGAAGCUUUACCUACGAAUGGGACUUCUAUACGGGGAAGCGUCCAUGGAAGCACGCUAUGUGGGCAUACCUUAUAUGCCGAUACUCCGUAUUGGGUGCUAUCUUCAACAUGCUCGUCGUGCUUAACGUCGAAACACCCUUUGAUUGCAACGUUUGGGUCAAGCUCGAGAUAUUCCUUCCCUAUCUGGGCUUGCUCAUGGCGUCAUCUCUAAUCGUCAUUCGCGUACUCGCUAUCUGGAAUCGCCACCCGAUCAUCGUCGCGGUCUCGGCUGCAGGCAUGAUGGCGCAAGUUGCGUUGCUCAUACAUGGCGUCGUGGUCGCCAAAGACAACUGGGAGUCUGGCCCGGCCUUGUUACAAGGAUGCUUGAAGAUGAAUACUGUGCAGGCGAACCUCCCGGCACUUGCGGGAACAUCCAUCGUCGACGCUCUCCUCCUGUUGCUCAUGCUCAUUGGGCUGUUCCUAAGGGGGGAGGCGCGUCACUUCGGGUUAGGAGGCUUUCUAUUGAAGCAAGGACUCAUAUGGCUCGCUCUUGCUACAGCGGCUGAGUUGCCGAGCGUUGUCAUCCUCAUCUUGAACCUCAAUUACGUUUUCAAUCAGCUUUUUCUAGCUCCAGAAGUGAUCAUACUAGCCAUUGCGGCGACGAAUAUGCACCGCACACUGACCGACUUCUCCUACGUUCCCAAGAUGAGCCUCUCCCCCUUGCGUGCUUCGCAUGGAUCUGGCCAGGCCCCGGUAGUCAACCGGAGCGCUGUUCGUGGUCGAGUCCCGAUGCCCAACGAGCCGUCUUUCUCUGGGCAACCUCGGCCAGUGGAGAUAGAGAUGCACGCACUUUGA